UUCUUAUUCAAAUGUUCUCACAUGGUUAAUUACCUCCAGUCAAAGACAAAACAGCUAUUGAAGAUCGUUAAAGGAGUUGAAGAUGUUGCCACUGUUCUCACUUUUCAUAUUGUUUCUGAAGACUUCAUGUGUAUGUUCUUGGCUUGCUGGUAAAUGCCUGUUCUACAGUGAUGUGGAAGAGUUUGCUGUUUCCACGACCUGUCCUGGAAAGACAAACGUUGCAGAGUGCCAUCAUGUCACUGACAUUAAAGAAGAUCUACAUGGACUUCCAUCAAACUUGCUUAACCUCUGCAUUAAAGUGGAACAAGGCUGUCAUGGUGCCCUGACUCCAGGCUCAUUCUCACGGUUUGUUUCUUUGGAAUACCUUGAAAUUGCUGGAUGUUUUUCAGAGAUCCCUCCAGAGGCUUUUAAUGGAUUGACCAGUGUAACUUCAUUAACAUUGUCUAACUUGUCUUCAGAAAGCUGUUGUGAAGUAGCUCUUGAUUUCAGUCUUCUUCUGUCUCUUAAGUUUUUGACUCUUUAUGAGUAUAGUUUAUCAUUAUUGGCACCAAAUGUUUUUGAAACAGCUCCUCAGUUGCAAGAAAUAAACAUACUUGAUGUGUGUUUAAAGGAUAUAUCUGAGGUCCUCUGUCGACUGACAAAAGCAUCAUCCCUGAAGCUGUUUAAUCUAAGGGAAUAUGAGCUACACAGACUUCAGUACCCAAACUGCUCAAUGUUCAACACUUCUGAUGCUCAGAUACCGACUACUUUCAAUAUUGAAGAGUUGCAUUUGUAUCUAGGACGAGUAGAUCAUAUAGACGAGGGAGCCUUAGACGUGUUGGGAAACCUCUCCAUUUUAGACUUUGUUUCAAACAAUGAUUUCCUCAGAGAUCUUUCUUUAAUUGGAGUUCAUAAAAUCAAUACUUUAAACAUCAUAGUAAAUGAACUUAAUGUUGAUGACUUGUGUACAGCAGCAAAGUUAUAUUCAGUUGAGUCUUUAAAAGUUCUUUAUGAGACUAUAAACUUUCCACCAACUCCAACUAAUAUAUCAGAUGGCUGUGAGGAUAUUAAAAGACUUACGCUCAGAAAUAACUUAUGUACGUAUGAGAUUGUAAAUGUCUUAGAUGUAUAUUCGGUUUUUCAGAUUUUCAGAAAUCUUACUAUUGUUAACAUAAUUAGGCAUGUGCUCAGACCAAAUGAUUUCCGAUCUCUUUGUGCUUCAUUUCCACAGACAGUACAACAACUUUCUGCUAUGAUACUUUGCUCAAAUAACAUAGAUAAGAUAGUAUCCCACCAAUAUUUCUGUUUUGCAGAUCUUGAAUUUCUGGACUUAUCCAUAAGUAACAUUUCUAGCAUAGAAGAGUAUGCUUUUAUUGGACUGCACAAGUUAAAAGAACUAAAACUCAGUGAAAACAAGUUAUCUUACAUUUCUCAAAAAAUGUUCAGUGGUUUAUAUAGACUUCUGGUCUUAGAUCUCCAAGAAAAUCCUAUAAUUAAUAUUGAACCAAAAUCAUUUGGACAUCUCAUUAACCUUUGUUCAAUUCUGCUGGGAGAUCUGAACUUUCCACCUGAUGUGCCUCUGAUCAGACUGCAUUUUUCUGACAUGUUUGAAGUUAUUCCAUAUAAUUUAAGUAAUGUUUUUAUUAGUUCAGGCGUGAGGCCAAUGCAGCUAGUGAUCGGAAACAAUGCUACAGUGGGUCAGGGUCUAAACUUACACAUUAAAAGUAAAUAUGUGACCGUUGAGGACUGCAACAGUUCUCUCUUAAAAUCAGUAGUCAGUCUUAAGAUAAAUGCAGCAUAUGUGAACUGUGGAAAUGAAUUCAUUGGGAAAUAUAUCAGAUCUGUUGUCAAUCUGGAAUUUGAGUCAAUGUUCUCAGACAGCAUUGGAGACUUGGCUGUAAUCAAUCAGCUUGUUCAUUUAAAAACCCUUAAACUGGUGAACAUUGAAUUGAUGAAGCAGCCAAACCUUGCCAUAAUGUUUCACAAUCUGACAAAACUCCAGACGCUGAUCCUGACAAACUGCAGAAUGUUCUUUCUGGAUGAAAGUCUGACCAAAGACUUGAAAGCAUUGAAGGGUCUAGUGCUUAUGCCAAAAGAUAACAUCAACGUUCUUCAAAACUUGAUGGAACAUCUCACUAGCUUGAAGUACCUCUAUCUUCUAAACUUGGGUCUGUACUGCAAUUGUGGUAAUGCAUGGCUGGUCUCAUGGGCAAAGGACAACAGGAAGGUGCAGGUUGCCAUGUUCAGGCCCUCCAUGAAAGAACUGCAGUGUUUCACCGAGAAUGGAAUUGACCAUCUCAACUUUGUUGAUUAUUCCAAGAGCUGCUCAUUUGAUAUUGAAUUUAUAUUCUUCACCUCCACCUCAGCAUUUUUGUGUGGUUUUAUUAUAGUUGUCCUGUCAUAUAAGUUUGCAGGUCAAUACGUUGCACCAUUCUUUCACAUUGCCAGCGGAUGGUUUCUAGAGGCUUUGCGCAUGAACGCUAAACACCAGUACCGCUAUGACGUUUUUGUGUCUUACAGCAGUAAGGAUGAGCACUGGGUCAUUGACAAACUUCUUCCAAACUUAGAGCAGCGGGGCCCUCCGUUUUUGCGUCUCUGCCUGCACAGUCGAGACUUUCAGUUGGGACAAGAUAUUGUAGAAAACAUUACGGACAGCAUCUAUGCAAGUCACCGGACUCUUUGUCUCGUCAGUCACAACUACCUCGGCAGCAACUGGUGUUCCUUGGAGAUGCAGCUGGCCACGUACAGGCUUCAAGUGGAACACAGGGACAUUCUCAUCCUGGUCUUUCUAGAAGGGAUUCCGUCUCGCUUGCUAUCCUCUCAUCAUAGAUUGGCCCGUCUGGUAAAAACUAGAACCUAUCUAGACUGGCCACGGGACCCAGAGAUGCAUGAAGCAUUCUGGGAUAGGUUGUGGUGUAAACUGAGCUCUAAUAAAACCAACUAGGCUUUAUUGAUGUAUAUUGUAAAGUUUUGAUAAAACCCUAAAAAAAAUAAUACAUUUAGAAAAUGAAUGAGGAAAAAGC